AUGAAGGUCAAAGUGGCCAGGCGGCACAACGCAAAGCAACAAACCACAAGCAGGCCACUCGCUGCCAAGACGCCACACACACCUACACUCGAUGAAGACUUCCACCGAUACGCAAUGGAGCAGGAAGUCUCCAAGCCAACACUUGACGACGCCACUCCAGUGUCUCCCGCAUCUUCGUCGUCUACUUCUGCAUCCGAUGCGUCCCCGUCGUCGUCGCCCGAGUCGCUAUCUGAAAAGCCUUCUUCAAACCCCGUGACCUCCAUGUUCAGGACCUUUUCUGACGCCUGUGUCUUCCCGAACAAACCUCCGUCUGCGUCGACGUCCUCAGGACCAACACUAUUCUCGUUUGCGCCUCCGAUUCCGACUGCGUGGAGAACUUCACGCUCGGAUAGCACGUCGUCAACGAGUUCCUUCCCGUUCGCGUCGGUAAGCUUAACGUCAGCUCAGCCUCCUCGAGAAGCAGCUGAGAACGCCAUCAACAACGUGCACAACGUAUCCACUCGGUGUCGAACCAAUUCUAUCUCAUGUGGAAGCCCCUAUGGUGAAUUAAUCGUCGUUGACAUUCUGGAAGCUCGUGGUUUAGCUGUUGACCGAGACGAAACUGGUACCGAUCUGCCGUUCACCGUCACAAUGCAGCUCGGUCCUAUGACUCGCAAGACGAGCCCUGCGGACCGAAGCAACUGUGCAGUCAACGAACGGUUCGUCUUCUGGAUGCCCUCGUCUCCUACCAUUGAACAGCGUACAGUUGACAUCUUUGUGCAAGGUGGGGAUGAACGAGACCUUGGCGAAGUGCAUCUCAGUCUAGCGAUGCCUGUGAACGAAGCGUGUGGCGAUUGGCUCCCUCUAGUGUGUCGAGCUGAUGGGCUCAAGCACGGCACGUUGCGAGCGGCAGUGCGACGCCUGGUGCUCACGUCGUUUCCGAUGGUCGAAGCUGCAAAGGCGCUGGGUGGACGAAAGAGCUCUCUUAGCUUUUGUGACAGCAGCGAGUUUGGUGAUCUUCUACCAGAGCUAAGGAGUUGCUUCCCUGGCAACGAACCUGAAGUCAUCCCAUCCAGCCCUCCCAAGGAAGAGGAUAUCAGCAGCAAACUUGGCCGAUUGAUUGGCUUCCAAGAUGUCCGGCGUGAUAUCUUCUGAUCGAGCAAGCGUUGUAUGGAAUGCUAGGUCGAUGGCAAAUUUCAGAAUACUAUGCAGGUACAUGUAGUAUUAAUAGUAUGAUCAAUGAAAGCGACAAUCACA